UUAUCAUAAUUGUCAUUAUGAUUUAUAACAGUUAAAUUGCCUGCGGGUGACCCUUGAGUUGGUCUUAGAGGCCUAUAAAUAGUGGCCAUUAGGGCAGCUCUUGGAAUAUACGAAAAACACACUGAAGUGUUCGGGCUGUUGUGCUGCUGCUGUAGAGUUUGAAAGCGUGCAAGCUUUAAUCUGUGCCCGAAGGAACUUAGCCCUGAACCGAAAGGUUUUUACAGAUCGAAAGAUCUUUACCUGAACUGAAAGAUUUAGCCACAUGCGCAAACAGUUGCGAAUUAGCUUUCUACAAAAUUUUGAUAAACAAGAAAGGGAUGAAGAAGGAAAAUAGAGAAUUUGACAAGGUAAAGAAAGCAUUUAUCCACUAUUUAAUUCUUACUACUGUGUAAACAAAAUCCAAUAUACGCUAUGGCCUAAAGGUAAUUGAUUGGUUAGAAAAGCUUAGUGCAAUAAGCUUAAACACAAUAAGCUUAAACACUUAAGAGCUUGCACAAUGCAUAUUUAUGUGAAAUCUAACAAAUUACUAGAGAUUUGCUUAAUUUACUUGAAUUGCAUAUUUAGGAUGAAGAGACUUGCAUAAUGCCACACAUUUAUCAUUCUUUCAUACAUGUCAGAAAGUAUAAUACUUCCUAAAAUAUUGUGUUUCAGAGUAGAAUAACAUACUUUGAUGCAUAAACUAAUUUGAACUCUUCAUUUUUCAACGGGGAAAUGAGGAAAACUUAUAUAUAGAAUUUCACAAAAAUUCUAGGUAGGUAGAUAGAUAACCAAUACAUAGUAAUCCUCUAUCCAACUCUUGGAUGGGCUUUAUAUUGGUUAAGAAAAGACAUAUUUUUGCUAACCUAAAUGCAUAGGUUCUUGCAAUUAUAUAUUAACUGUAUGUUAAUAAUUUGCAAUACUUUUGCUGUGGUAAUUUUUGUGCGCAUCAUCAAACUCCAGUAUGAAUACGCUUUGGGAUACAAUUCUCUCACAAUUUAGCUUAACGAUAUUACUCCAUAACAAUCUCAUAACGGAUUAUGUCCGUUGCAUUGUGAGGACUGUCGACUGUGCUUUCCUAUUGGGGGUAAGUUGGAGAGGUUUCUCCUGGACCAAAACCUGGACUGUCUUUUGUGCGCAAAAUUUAGAUACUUCAAAUUUGUAUACAGUAUGGAUAUAGACAGAAAAAUUGAAACUCUUCUUAAACUCAGGUUCAUGUGUAUGGUUAAUGACUAAAGCUUAGGUCCAAAUAAAAUAGAGCUAAAACAGUCUUAUUUCAGUCCUGAAGAUUCAGGCCAUUCAUCAAAUAUGACAAACUACAAGAAAUGUUUUGACUUCUAAAUGUUUUACGUGAACUCACCUCCAAGAUCAUUUCUCAAAACUUAGCCACUGUAUCUCAUCCAGAGAUUGCACCUCUGAAACUAGUAAUGUACAUUGUUCCAUCACCAGAAUAUUAUCCUCUAUUGCGGGUAUUAAGCAUUGACAUUUGAUAGAUUAUGUUGAAAUCCACUUUUUCAGGUUGCUCAUGCUCUUAAGUUUCCUUUCUAUGCUAAUUUGGAUCGUCUAGAACACAAGAAACAUAUUGAACUCUCUGAUGGGGGAAAUCUCAGGAUUCUCAAAACAUCAUAUGUUAUCAAUAAAAAAGAUGUCCUAAAGAUGGCAGUGGAAGACUUCAAUUUGUCGCAGUCUAUGUACCGCAAAGAACUGGAAUGUCUUGAGAAGUGGGUCAAAGACAAUAAGUUGGAUCGGCUUGAAUUUGCUAGGCAGAAACUAGCAUACUGCUAUCUUUCUACUGCUGCUACACUUUUUCCCCCUGAAAUGGCAGAUGCUCGCAUGUCUUGGGCAAAAAAUAGUGUGCUGACUACUGUGGUUGAUGAUUUCUUUGAUGUUGGAGGUUCAAGAGAAGAACUUUUAAACAUUAUUAUGCUGGUUGAGAGAUGGGAUGGAAUUCAUGAGAAGGAGUUCUGUUCAAAACAAGUGGAGAUCGUAUUCUCUGCUCUUUACAGUACUAUUAAUGAGCUUGGAGCCAAGGCAUCAGCGCUCCAGAAGAGGAGUGUCACACCUCAUAUAAUUGAGAUUUGGCUUAACUUGAUGAAGUCGAUGAUAAAAGAGGCCGAGUGGCUGAUGAACAAGUCAGUUCCUUCACUGGAUGAUUACAUGGAAAAUGGAUAUGUUUCAUUUGCUCUAGGACCAAUUAUUUUGCCAGCACUCUAUUUUGUUGGUCCAAAGCUUUCAGGGAGCUAUUCAAUUGGUGAAAGGUGCGUUAAAGAAUAA